UCGACGAACAAGUAAGAAGAAGUCAUGCGCAUAGCGCUACCGUAGCCGAGCUGACAAUAGCAGAUCCGCGGAAGAUGCUAUAUCUGCCACUCAAACUUGUGGCCAAUCUGAGGAAGCCGAUGAAAAUCCGCCAGCCUUGGGCAGCUGCCGCUCCAGUGGAUGAUAUCGUCCCGAAUACCAUGCUUUUCGAGGGCUCAGAACUCCUGACAUCACUGCUGGCGAUCUUAUUGCGUCUCCGGCAUCAUGUAGUUGGUGUGAGUGAUUAUACGCAAAAGAGAUGUCAACAAGUUAAUAUUCGCAAUGAAAAUCGAGAUGUCCAACGAUUUUUCUGGCGUAAGGAUCCGACCAGGGAACCAGAAGCGCGUUUAAUAGAUGUGAUUGUUCCUAAAUAUUGCGACAAAAUCCUUGCUGGCAAUUUUCUGACCGUUGAGGAGCUAAAGCUGAUUUCUGCUAAGAUGACGGAAGUGCACCGAAGUGGCAGCGCCCAGCCGCGAAACGUUAGCUCCAAUAGUACGGCAGAAAAGGAUCAUCAUGAUGAACGACCUAAGACGACAACUUAUGUCAGUGAAAACGAAGCGGCUACACCAGUACGAAUUUUAGUGGAAGAAACGAAAUGUGAAACCGUCACUUUGUUCUCCAAGCCGAAAGAGAAUAUUUUGAACCGGGUGCAAGACAGUCCGAAAUCAACUAUUCGAGAGAUCAUUAGAUGUGCGACGUUGCUUUUCGAGGUUCUUCGCACACUUUCUCUACGUAUUGUUCGAGGAGAGGUUCUUAGCCGAAAAUGGUGGUGGUCAGGCGAAGGAUGGAAAGAAGAAAGAAGCGAUGGUAGCUUCAAUCAUUGGCGAAAGUGGCUCCAAACUUUGUUGGACGUGCGACGGGCUACGAUACCGGAAGAAUGUACCCACGAUCUCCUGAAACGAGCAUGGACUAAGGUGAAAAAGAAAUUCGAGCAGUUCUGGCGAAGGUGGGUUUUGGAGUACCUGCCAACACUAACCAAACGUACUAAGUGGUUCAAUGAAACGAGAGAUAUUGCGGUAGGAGAUGUGGUACUCAUAUUCAAUGAAGGAAAGCGGAAUUCCUGGGAGCGAGGAUUGAUCGUAGAACUCAUCGCUGCAUCGGAUGGACGGAUUCGACAAGCCUGGUUUCGAACGGGCAAUGGUGUAUAUCGGAAGCCGAUUGCUAAGCUAGCAAUCCUUGAAGUGUCGUCUCGAGAAAAUGGUUCCAGAGAGUUGCCUGACUGCGAAGGUGGCUCCAUAGUGAGCAACGAUGAAGGCGUGAACGAGGAUUCCGGAAGUGAUGAAACCGAGGCCAGCCGUAGGUUCCAUCGGGGGGAGAAUGUUGGAAAACUGGCCACCGUGCCAGUCCGCGGUUUUUGCAAAAGUCGCUGAGAAAUAACAGCGAAAACUAAACGUCAUCGUUGCCGCCAAAAGUGACGGCACGAGGAAAAUUUUCACUUCUGUUAGCCAUUUUCGUAUCGAGUUGCGUACUGCGUAGAAGCAGAAAGUUUGUAUUUGUACUGAAAACUAAAUGUUUGAAGUGUUCCGUUUUGCUAAAUAUUGUUGAUUUUUGGAAUCAGGAGCGUAGGAUCAUUAUCAGGCAAAAACGCUGAUAUUGGAUUGACCAUCUCUGUUGAACAGAGCGCUAAAAGUAGCAAAUCGGACUCUUUGCUCUCGAUACGAGGUUGAACUGAGUUGUAUUAGGGCCGGAAUAGCUAGGGUCACUGAUUUGUAAGUUCUAACCUAUAAAACCAUUUUGAACCAUGUUUGUAACAACUUAUCAUUUGUUCCGUAGAAUUGAAGCAUCACUACAAAACUAUAAAUAUAGUCUGCUAUCAGUACCAGUGCAUCGCUUUUCAUU